AUGCAGAAGCUCGUGAAGCGAGCCGCCCAGGCCCAGCGCCAGGCGACCCGUCGAGCACGCCAGCAGAUGGAACAGGAGAAUAUCGACAACAAACUGCGAAAUCGCCAAGCCCUAAGGAGCGCUGUUUCUGAAGUCCGACAAAACUUGAAGGAUGCUCGACAGGCCAGAAUGGAGGACUGGGAGAUGGGACCCCUGGCGCCGAAGCGAGACUUGGGAUAUAACAACUAUGGAGCUUUCAAGGAGACAGUGCGACAGGACUGGACAAACUAUGGCUUGUAUCAGGCGAAGCCUCAGCUUAUUGAGCAGCGCUGCGCGUGGGCUGGUGGUGUUCGACAAUUGAAUCUUGCUCCGCAGGAUAGGGUGGUUAUCAUGGAUGGGCCUGACAAGGGCAAGAUUGAUCGGAUAAAGGAUGUGCAGGCUGAGAAUGGCACUGUAACGUUGGAGAAUCACCACAGAGCGCUAUCUGUUGGCAUGUUUGACAAUCCAGCUCGGUCACAGUCUAUGCCCAUCUCCGUCGGAUCAAUUCGCCUCGUUUACCCUCUCACAGACCCCGAAACCGGAGUGACUAGGGACGUCAUCAUCAACCAGCUGAAAGCUGUUCCUCCCAACAUGCAAUCCUCCAACAUGUCCCUCGACCGUUGGCAAUACGGCAAGAAGUGGGAUCGUCUGGUCCCUGGCCUCAAUGUGGUUAUACCAUGGCCCGAGGUCCAGGUACCAGAGUUUCAAGCCACGAAGGCCGACACCGUUCGCGAACAGGUCGAGGAGCGGACAUUCUACUACGGCCUCUUGACGCCGCCCAUGCCGGACCAAAUCCUUGACGAGCUGCGUAACAAGUAUUCGAGAUUCAGAACCCGCCACGAGCCGUGGUACAUCGAGCAGAAGGAAAUGGAGGAGGCCGCCAGAAAGGGUCGCUCCGAGGCCUUCAAGUCUAUGCAGACGCCUUUGGACGAGUUCCACGAGAGGCAGAGAGAAAUACGGGAUACCGAAGGCGAGCCAGAGCUGUCGGAGGAGAUGCUGGCCAAGAUUGGAGAGUUUAUGGCGAAGAAGAAGGAUGCGGCGUUGAGUCAGGCUGGUAUGUCGGAGGUCUCGUCACAAGCGCCUCCUCAGUAG